AUGCAUGGCAUCGAAUGGAUGGACUCGCUCCAAAUAGUAGACGUGGAAGGCAACUCAAUCUCUACCAUCAGCGACCUCUCAGCCCUCGCCACAUGCAGUAGUGUAUGGCAGCUCUCGCUCGAGGGCAAUCCUGUCACUCGUAAGGCCUCCCUGAAGGAGCUUAUCGAUCUCGUACCGAAUUUGGAGGUCCUAUAUGACGACACGAGGGUUGAUUGUGUUUCCCAAACACAAGCUUCUGGUUUUACAAUGUGA